AUGUUCCACAGCCACACCAUCCACGUAAAAUUCAACUACGGCAAUCUCUCCGCGUACGAAGGCGUCUCCGAUGCAUGGGGCUUUCUCUGUUUUGCGCCGGGUGGACCGUUCUCGCUUGCGCAAAUCAGUCUGAUCAAUUGUGUGUGCAUCAGUUCUACGCACGCCGCGGUGAAGAUGGUGGCUGUCCUUUCGCGGCUGGCGGGCUUUAUUGCCGUGGCUAUGCAAAUUGCACCCGACACUUGUUCACAGGGAAAAGGGGACGUUAACUGCUGUGGUGACGGCCAUGCCAGUCUAUAG